UCCGCCCUCCUCUCCUGGCAUCCUUGCCAAGCAUCUCGCAAUCCUAGAUAGGCGAAGAGGAGAUGACGAUCACAUCAUCCGUCAAGCUCGCCGGCGGCACUCUGUCGGUCUGCGGGAGGACGGUGCUGUCCGGCGUGCCAGCCGCCGUGGCGGCGUCCUCUGCGGCAGCGGCCGGAGCGGUCGACGGGGUCUUCAUUGGCGCCGACCUCGCCGAGCCGGCGUCCCGCCACGUCAUUUCCCUCGGCACCUUAAGGGGCGUGCGUUUCAUGGCGUGCUUCCGGAGCAAGCUGUGGUGGAUGUCGCAGCGGAUGGGGGACAAGGGCGGCGAUGUCCCGCACGAGACGCAGUUCCUGCUCGUGGAGUCCACGGGCGCCGGUGGCGAGGACGCGGCGGCGGCGGCGUACGUCGUGUUCCUCCCGCUCGUGGAGGGCGCGUUCCGGGCCAGCCUCCAGGGCGGCGCCGGCGAGGCGCUGGAGCUCUGCGUCGAGAGCGGGGACGACGACACGCGCGCGGCGUCCAUCGAGCGCGCGCUCUUCGUGGGCGCUGCGGAGUCGGACCCCUUCGCGGCCGUCGCCGGCGCCGUCGCCGCCGCCAGGUCCGCGCUCAAGACGUUCCGGGUCCGCGCCGAGAAGAAGCUCCCGGGCAUCGUGGACUACUUUGGGUGGUGCACCUGGGACGCCUUCUACCAGGACGUCACGCAGGAGGGCGUCGAGGCCGGGCUCCGCAGCCUCGUCGCCGGCGGCGCGCCGCCCAAGUUCGUCAUCAUCGACGACGGCUGGCAGUCCGUCGGCACGGACCAGCCCAGCCCCAGCCCCGACGAACACGCCGGAGAGGCCACGCAGCCGCGCCUGCCCCGGCUCACCGGUAUCAGGGAGAACAGCAAGUUCCAGAACGCCGACGACCCGGCCGCCGGCAUCAAGGCGGUGGUGCGCGCAGCGAAGGAGGAGUACGGGCUCAAGUACGUCUUCGUCUGGCACGCCAUCACCGGCUACUGGGGCGGCGUCCGUCCGGGCGCCGCCGGGAUGGAGCGCUACCGCUCCAGCAUGCAGUUCCCCAAGAUCUCGCCGGGCGUCGCCGAGAACGACCCCGGCAUGAGGACCGACUGGAUCACCGCCCAGGGGGUCGGCCUGGUGCCCCCCCGCGCCGUGUACCGGUUCUACGACGAGCAGCACGCGUACCUCGCCGCCGCCGGCGUUGACGGCGUCAAGGUGGACGAGCAGUGCAUCCUGGAGACGCUCGGCGCCGGCCACGGCGGCCGCGCGCAGCUCACCAGGCAGUACCACCAGGCGCUCGACGCGUCCGUCGCCAAGAACUUCCCCGAGAACGGCAUCAUCGCGUGCAUGAGCCACAACACCGACGCCCUAUACUGCUCGAAGCAGACGGCGGUGGUGAGGGCGUCUGAUGAUUUCUUCCCGAGGGACCCCGUCUCGCACACGAUCCACAUCGCCGCGGUGGCGUACAACAGCGUGUUCCUCGGCGAGUUCAUGCUCCCGGACUGGGACAUGUUCCACUCCCUCCACCUGGCCGGCGAGUACCACGGCUCGGCCCGGGCGAUCAGCGGCGGCCCCGUCUAUGUCAGUGAUGCCCCCGGGAAGCACGACUUCGAGCUGCUGAAGAAGAUCGUCUUGCCGGACGGCUCGGUGCUCCGCGCGCGCCUGCCUGGCCGGCCGACCAAGGACUGCCUGUUCACCGACCCGGCACGCGACGGCGUCAGCUUGCUCAAGAUAUGGAACAUGAACAAGUUCACCGGCGUGCUGGGCGUGUACAACUGCCAGGGCGCGGUGUGGAGCUUCGUGGAGAAGAAGACCACGUUCCACCGCACCGGCGCCGGCGCCCUGACCUGCGGCGUCAAAGGCAGCGACGUCCACCUCAUCUCCGACGCCGCGACGGACCCGGAUCAGUGGAGCGGCGACUGCGCCGUGUACCGCCACGGCAGCGGUGACCUCGCCGUCCUCCCCGACGGCGCGGCGCUGCCCGUCUCCCUCAAGGUCCUCGAGCAAGACAUCCUCACCGUGUCGCCGAUCAAGGACCUGGCACCCGGGUUCAGGUUCGCCCCGGUCGGGCUGGUCGACAUGUUCAACGGCGGCGCGGCGGUGGAAGGCCUGACCUACCACCUCCUCGACGGGGGCAAGCUUGUCGGCGACGGCGGCUCUGCUGCUUGCAGGUCAGAGGAGGCCGUCGGAUUGGUGUGCAUGGAAGUGCGGGGGCGUGGCAGGUUCGGCUCCUACUCUUCUGUCAGGCCGAGGAGGUGCAUGCUGGGCUCGGCUGAGAUCGAGUUCUCCUACGACCCUUCGUCCGGGCUGCUGACUCUGCUGCUGGAGGAGAUGCCCGGGGAGAGGGUUCACAAGAUUGUCGUCGAGUUGUAGACUUGCGGUGCGGUAGCAUCACAAAUCCAGAGCACCCUGUAUACUGUGGUAGUGUACUACUCUUCCCGUCAUUUUAGAAUACAACUGCCGCUUGCUUGACGAAGAGUCAAAUAAUUUCAAGUUUUACUAAAUUUAUAUAAAAUAAUAUUUAUAUUUA